AUUCCUGAUGCUAAGAGUCUCGGAGCCUGCACGGAAUUCCCCAGGCUUCAGGCUUCCUGAUUCCAGAAGUCAGGUACAGGACUGUCUCAAAGUUAUCUGAUAGUCAGGCUGAUUAAGGAUUUCACAUAAAUUUUAGGGUAGAGGCAUGAUGCCGUUCAGUGGUUCCGCUUCAACUGACUGAAUGUAGUACUCGCCAGGCCUCCAGUCCAGAAGUAUUUUCGGUUCUCAGCUUCGCGGGUUGGCUAUCUAUGGUUCCCAACAUCGCGCUGGAGUCUGAUUGAAUGUUGAGCUGCGUCGGUAUGAUCGUUAGUUAAACGUUAAACACGCCGAUCGUCAUCCAGUAAAGUUCCAGGAUGGAGAACGUGGCUCCGCUGCCCAGUUUACUGGUCCGUUACAGACCAGCACUGCAAGGCGGACCCAGCAAACCAGAUCCUGUCAAAUCCAUGCCGCUGCAAGCCGGAUCGUCACAGCAUGCCGGGUCGUCGCAGCAAGGAGGGCCGUCGGCGCAACGAGGCACGCCUUCUAGACCAGGACUUGCGACGCUGACCGGCAACGUGCUCACGCCGCAGUCGUCGUAUCGAACGAGCGCCGCCAAGACUCCCAACACCGCCACCAGGACACGUACAGCCCCGACGCGACUACCAGCCGCAAUCUCGGACGAUUCUAACAUCCAGGUGAUCGUGAGGGUGCGUCCGCCAGCGGGCCCCGAGCUGACAGGAUAUCCUGGAGCACGAUGCGUGGCGCAGGAUGGGCCGAAAUCGCUCUUCCUCAUGAACCCGGACAAGGGAGGCGCGGCCGAGCAGUUCACCUUCGACCACGUGGCGGGGGAGAGGGCGCAGCAGGAGGACCUGUUCGAGCUGGCGGGGAGGCCCAUAGUGGAGAACUGCCUGGCUGGUUACAACAGCACCAUGUUCGCCUACGGCCAGACCGGCAGCGGGAAGACCUAUACGAUGUUCGGAGCUGACAUGGACAAGGUCGACCUGGACAGGUUCCGACUGGAUAAGGCUGACGUGGAGGCCAGCUCGUUAUGGGGGAUGAUCCCGCGUGUCUUCCAGCUGGUCUUCGCCCUGAUGAAGCAAGAGAGGCAGCAGAGGGCGAGUGAGCGUCUGGCGUUCAUCUGCACGUGCUCGUUCCUCGAGAUCUACAACGAGCACUUCUACGACCUGCUCGACCCCAAGCGCACCAACCUGCAUAUCCGAGAGGGCCCCAACGGUGUGUUCGUGGAGAACCUCACCAAGCAGUCCGUCUCCUGCUUUGCUGAAGUGAUGGAGCUCAUCCAGCGGGGCGCCAAGAACCGGCGGGUGGCAGGGACGAACAUGAACAGGGAGAGCAGCCGGUCGCACAGCGUCUUCACAUGCAACAUCGAGAGCACCUGGACGGCAGACGGCAUCUGCAACCGCCGCUUCGGUCAACUCAACCUCGUUGACCUCGCAGGCUCUGAGAGGCAGAAGUCAUCAGGGGCGACCGGAGAGAGGCUCAAGGAAGCGAGCUCCAUCAACACGUCGCUCUCCCAACUCGGGAACGUGAUCAUGGUGCUGGUGGAGUCGCUCAGGGAGAACAGGCCUCGCCACGUGCCAUACCGGGACUCCUACCUCACCUUCCUCCUCCAGGACUCCCUCGGUGGCAACUCCAAGACCACCAUGAUCGCGUGCAUCAGCCCCUUCGCAGGGUCGUACCGCGAGUCCCUGGGCACGCUCAAGUUCGCCCAGCGCGCCAAGCUGGUGCACAACAAGGCGGUGGUGAACGAGGCCACGGAGGGCGAGAAGGACGCGCUCAAGAAGGAGAUCGCCCGCCUCAAGGACGAGCUUCAACGGCUGCGCAAGCUCUGCACGUGCGAAGCCCAACUGCUCCUCCCCUCCUCCUCCUCCUCCUCCUCCUCCCCUCCCUUCUCCCUCUGCCGCUCACUCGCCACCACACCCGCAACACCCCGCAACCCUGCCACCACCGGAGCCGCUGCUGCUCCUGGGGAUGCUGCCUGCACCCCACUGGCCUUGGCCCUGCAGGAGAGGGCGAACUCGCCCCGGCAUGUGCAGCUGGUGGCUGACAUCCGCCGGCUGGAGGUGACAUUGGCUGGGGCUUUAAGGCGGGAGAGGGAGCUGGACCGACAGGUGGAGGCUCUCAAGGCCGAGAAUGAGACGUUGAGGAAGCAGGUGGCUGCAUGGGGUGCUUCUGAGAUGGGUGGUGCUGGUGGUUUGGGUGGUGGUGCUGCUGCGGGGAAGGAGGAGGUGUCAGGGGAUGAAAGGGAAGGGGUGGUGGGGAGGCUGGCGACAGUGGAGGAGGGAGAGGAGGAGGUGGAGGAGGGGAGUGGCUCGGAGGCGAGAGAGAGUGAGGAGGCGGCGGAUUUGAGGGAUCAGGUGGUGGGUCUGUUGGCGCAGAAGGCAGCAGCAGGGGGCGAGGAUGCCCAGGAGCGCAUGGAGAGUAUCUCUCUGGAGCUGGCGGGCGUGAGGGAGGAGCUGGCUCGGUGCAGGGAGCAUUUGAAGCUGUCUGACGACGCAAACGACAGGCUGGCGAGGCAAACGCGGGAGAUGGAGGCAGAGAUGCGGCUGCUGGCUGCUGAGAGACUCUCCCUUGAAGAGCAGGUCAACACUCUCAAGGCUCUUAAGGGCGACCUUUCCUCUUUCAAAGGAGAUCGUUCAGCGCUGAAGGGGAAUCUCGCCUUGGCACCCACACCCAUCCCAUCCGCCGCACGUGCUGCCGCCCCCGGCAGCCUUAUCCCCACGCCUCUCGUCACCACCACCAGGGGCGGUCGUGCGGCCACUCCCACUAACGUCUACGGAAUCAGCCACGGGUCAGGCAUUAGCAGGAAGCUUGAGGAGGAGUUUUCCUGCGCCAAGGGCUUUGAGACCCCCCUUUCAACAAGGGGCAAGACUGCUGCAGCAGCAGGAGGAGUGGGAGCAGGCGAAGGAGGAGGAUUAGGAGGUACGGAGUAUUUCGUUGACUGUAGGUCGUCUCUGCGGCAUGUGGGCAAGGAUCAGGACCGAUUCAGGCAGCACAAGUCAGAUCUUGACUCUGCUAUCAAGGGGAAGCUGGAGGCGGAGUGGGCCAACAGCGCUCUCAAGGCGAAUCUGAAGCUCCAGGAGCAGGAAGCGAGGGAGCUUAUAGAGAGGAUGCAGACAGAGGAGGGGAGGAGGCGUGAGGCAGAGCGAGCAGCGGAAGAGGCAGAGAGGGGGGUUCGGGAAGCUGCUGCCGCAGCUGCGGCUUUGGCUCAGGAGAAGGCUGCAGUGGAGGAGCAGCUUUGGGCAAUCCAGGAGAAGGUUCGGGAGCUGCAGGAUCGGGAGGAGAGGAGCGAGGACGAGAGGAAAGACCUGGAGGACGCUUUGAGAAGGGAGAGGGAUUUGGGGGAGGCGGCAGCUCAGUUAGCAGAGGCUGAGUGGAACAAAACGCAGGAGGCGACGGCUAGGAGGAAUGAAGCGGAGAGGAGCCUGCAGAGGACUAAGGACGAGGCGAAAAGUCUAAGGGACCUACUGGAGGAUACAGAGCAGACGAGGGCGAAGUAUGUGAGGCUGAAGCAUGAGUUGAGGGGGGCGAUGCAGCGGCUGGUGCAGGCGGGAGAGCAGAAGGUGGAGGAUGAGAAGAGCAUGGAGGCGAUGAGGGAGGAAUUGGCUGGAGUGAGGGCGCAGAUGUUAAGUGCGGUGGAGAGGGCGGAAUUUGCGGAGAGGAGGGUGAGGGAGGCUGAGGUGGCAGGUGCAAGAGCGGAGAGGGGAGUUGAGGCCGCAGUUGAGGAGGCUGAGGUGGCAGAAGAGGGUGUGAGGGAGGAAGAGGAGGUAAGGAGAGUGAUGGAAGAGAGGGAUGCGGCACAGAGGCUGGUGGAUGAGCUUGUAAUGAAGGUAGUGGAGUUGGAGGAGAAGGGAAGAGAGGCGGAGAAGAGGGCGGAAGAGGAUGCUCUGUCACUGGAGGAAGCAGCGAGGAAGGUGCAGGAGGCGCAGGAAGAGGUGGCAGUGGCAGGGGAGAGGGUGAUGGAGAGCCUGGCUAGGCUGCAGGAGGUGGAGGAGAGAGCAGUAACAGCUGAGGGCAGAGCAGAGGCAGAAGAAGGGAAGGCAGAGGCGAUGGAACAGAAGGUACAGGCAAUGGCGGGUUGGUUGGAGAGUAGGGAGGCUGAGACUAUCCGGGUGUAUGCUGAGUUGAUGAUAUUGCAGGCUGUAGUGGAGGGGAUGGACGAAAUUGUUGAGUCUGGGAGGGUGGUGGCAGAGCAGGGAGCUAUGGCAGCCGAAGCAAGGGCUGCAGCAGCAGAGGUGAGGGCAGCGGCAGCAGAGAAGAAGGUAUCGGCAGCAGAGGGGAUGGUAGGGGCAGCAGAGGGGAGGGCAGAAGAAGCUGAGGCUAGGGUGGUGGCUGCUGAGGUGGAAGCAAAGGAGGCAACGGAGAGGGCAGAAGCACUGGCGGCUUUGAUGGAAAGUGAGGAGGCUGAAGUUGUUCGAGCGAAUGCUGAGGUGAUGCUGCUGCAGACGAUUAUGGAGGAUAUGGACGCAGCUGUGUCUUCUGGGAGGACGGUGGCAGGUUUGGGUGGAACGGGCAGGGAGGAAGCAGGCGAGCUUGAGGUUGAGCUGAUGCGGGUUCGAGAGGAGCUUGAAGGAAAAGUGGCGGAGAUUCGGAGGAAGGAGGAGGAGUUGGAGAGGAGUGAAAGGGAGUUGGAGGAGCAGCGGGUGAAGCUGGGAGUGUGGGAGGACACGUGGGUGGCCUGGGAGCAUCACCGCCACAAUAUGCAGUUCCCAGGGGGGUGCGGGUAUGACAUGGGCGUGAGGUACAACUGGGGGAGGGUAGUCCUGGAGCUGGUGCAGCGGGAGCUGAGGAGAGUGAGGGAGGAGAAGGAGACAGCGGAGGGGGAGAGAAGAGAGGCGGAUGCUGCAGUGCAGAGAACGAGGGGGGAGAUUAGGGUUUUGGUGGACGAGAAUGGGUUGCUGAGGCGGUUGUUGAAGAUAGAGGAAGGGGAUGUGGUGCCCGUGCCUGGGAAGAGCAGGAGGGCGAGCUUUGACCUGGCGAUUGGGGCGAUCGGAGCAAGGAUUUGGGCCGGGAGAAUGAGGGAGAAGGAGUUGGAGGAGGAAGAAGGGAGGGCGGGGAGGGAGAGGAGGGUACUGGAGGGGAUGAGGAAGGGGGUGGAGGAGAGGAUGAGGGGGUUAGAGGAGGAAAGGAAGGAGGACGAGAAGCGAGACGAGAGGGAGGCGGGUGAGGGGGUUCUGUUGGAGCAGAGGGAUCAGGAUGGGAUAGACGUGGAGGGGAUUGAACAGACCGGAACACAGGCGGCACAGGCAGAGGAGGAGAUACGGCAGGCAAAGGAGGGAAGGAGGCAGACGGAGGAAGAGAGGAGGUUGGAGGAGGAGCAGUUGCGGCUCUCAUCUGCUGCGCUGGAGUGCCGGGGAGCGCAGAUGGAUGCUGAAGUGGCGGGGUACAGGGCGGAGAAGGAGAGGUACAGGAGGGAGGUGGAGCAGAUGAAAGCAGUGCAGCUGGUGCUGGAGCGAGAGAAAAUGCUACAGGCGCAGAGGGGGGCCACUGGGGAGGAGGAAAAAGGGGAGGGAGUGGGUGAGAACGAGGAGAAGGGCAAGGAAGGAAGGGGAGAAGGGGAUGGGCAAGAGCGCGAGGAGGAUGGGAAGAACGUGCUGGGUACCCCUGUGCGAGAUGAUGGCCGUGGGGGAGGGGGAGUUGUUGCAGAUGCGAGUAUCGAUUUGGGGUCGGCAAUGAGGUCGCCGCGGCCGCAGGGCACUCUGGUACUCUUCUCGGCCUCUCGUGCACUGGGGAGAGGGAGACAGGGUGGGAGGAGGAGCUUGCCUGCACGCUUGGAUCAGGGCAUGGGGGGCUGCCCAGGCAGAGUGGAGUGUGGGAAAGACGGGGAGGAGGGGAUUGGUGAUGACUCGUGGAGGGGCGAGAUGGAGGCGGAGAUCGCGAGGAAGGAGGGGGAGAUGCAGCAGCUGCUGAAGCAGAUCGAACGGUUGCAGGAAGAGAACGGCGAGCUUCACUCGAAGCUGUGUGCGUCAGAGCAGUCAGUUUGGCGGUCACUAGCCGCCAUGAACACUCCAGGGCCCAAACAAGCAAGGAGCACUCUAAGCAGACAAGACGGCGAGGGGGGCGGGAAGGCAGUGGAGGAUGGUCAGUGCUCGUCUGAGGUGGACGCGGCGGGCAUGAGGAUGAACUUGGACCCUAUUCUUGAAGCACCAGAGCUGGCGCCAGGAUCUGGGCCAGAGGGGGUGGCAGCAGUGGAGCUCCUGAAGGAGAAAGCUUUGAGGAGGCACCAGCAGGUGCUGCAGAAGGAUCACGAGCUUCGCCAGCUACGCACGCAGCUGGAUCUCCUCAUUCACGAGAAAGAGAAGUCUCUGGUGGAGAUGGAGCGAAUGCGCUCUGAAGCGGUGAUGCAGCGAAGCAUGGCAAACAAGUGCCUGCAGAAAGAGCUGGCGCUCACUCAAGAGAACGCACAGCUCAAGCAACAACUGGCGGGUGUGCAGCAGCAACUGGAGAAUGCAGAGAGCGAGCUGCAGAAGCUGGUGGGGCAGCACAACCUGAACCAGCGCAUCCAAGUGUUUGCCAAGUUCAAGUCGGAGAACAAUGCCCUGCGGUCACAGAAUGAGGAGCUGGCGGCAGCAGUGAAACGCCUGGAAGGGCGGGUGAAGCGAUUAGAGGCGGAGGUGGGGAAGUACAGGAAGAAGGCAGGGCAGGCGGAGCAGAUCAACUAUGACGAGGAGGCGAGGCUCCAGCAGCGACUGGAGGAGGUGGAAAGGAGCAGCACUGACAUGGCCCAGAAGCUGCUCACUGUCUGCCAGGCUGUCCUCCAGGUAACAAAGGGCCCACAUGCCCACUCAGUUGCUGCAGAAGGGCUGGAUGCAGAGCAUGGUGGCGACAUCAGCAGCAGCAGUGAUAAGAUGCAGGAGUCUCUAGGUGCCGACCCGUCUGGUGCUGCCCUUGCUGCUCUGAACUCACUCAAGUUCCGGAUCAAGGCAGCAGAGGAUGAGAUCAGCGACCUCAAGUUCCAGGCCCGCAUGGCUGCAGAGAAGGCUGAGCUGUGUGCACUUCGAGAGCAGAACUCCAUCAUCAGUCAUCCAGCCCAAGUGCUUUCUCCACCGCUGCCAUCCCAGUUCAUGCCGACCCUCGAAUCUGUUCCUGCCCUGGAGCAUGAUGAGAUUCCUUAACUAAUCCAAUGUGCCACCUUGCCGGUUUAUUUGCUGACUUGGCCAUGUCGUGCUGCCAUUUGUGUAUGUAGUGUAUGUUUCCAAGAACGAUUGUAGUAUGAUCCUAUUGAUACUCAUAUUAUAAGGAUGUGCAAGUACGGUAAUCAAGGAUUUGUGAGAUC